AGGUCGUAAUACUUUGAUUUCUACUUGCCGCGGCAUCAUCACAAAUCGACGUCAAACCCCACUUAGCGCACCUUCGUAUCCUGCCGCUGUUAAAGACAGCAUUUACCCAACCCUCUCGUUCGCCCCCAGCAGCGUCCCCGUCACCUGUGUGAAGCGCGACAUUGGCGACCUUUCGUGCAGAACCCGUUUUUUCCCCUCUCUGCCCUUCUUGACUUGAGUGUUUGUAUCGUGCAUUCCGUGUGCUCCACAUCAAGUAACUGACACGCAGGAAGAAAAAUGGCGUGGAUUGGCGACGCGGUCGAUGCGCAGUACACCGUCGACACGGUGUCGAAGCAGCAGGCGCUGCUGCCGACCUCCAAGGCCUUCUCCAUCUUCCCCAAGGAUCACGUGUUGCGAGUCUUCCAGCUGGAUGCGCUGGCUUCUCAGCAGGAACUCGUGGAGGUGCUACGCAUGGCGCUCUUUCAAGUGUUUGACAUCCCGCCACUGCAGCACUUCCGGUUUGCCUAUCAGGAGGAGCUAGUGCUGGUGCUAGAAGCGCUGCUGUACCGCAUGUCUGUGUGGCGCAUGGGUCAAUCGAUCGGCGACCGUCUUCAGAACUUAGUCCUCCGUGACGAGGAGCGGGCACGCCUGCUGGGCCUACAGAGCACCAAGUCGCUGCUGCCCAGCCUCGCCCCGUCGCGGCGCCUGCUCCUUGUGCACGCCAUCAUAACGCUCAUCGUGCCCUACGUCACCCGCAAGCUGCAGCGAAAGAUGUUAGAGGAGGGGUGGGAGCGGGAGUCGUCCACCAGCACCCGCCACCGCUUCGCAAAGGCGUUUCGCUACACCGUCAUCACGUGGUCCGUGCUGUCCCUCGCCAACACCUUCAAUUUUUUGGUGUCGGGUCAGUAUCGCACCUUGACGGAGCGCCUGCUGUCUCUCCGCCUCGUCUACGGCAGUCAGCGCAUGAUACGCUUCACCAACUUGCUGUACAUGAACCAACACGUGUGGUGGCACACGUGGAUGUCGCUGCUGAGCGUGCUGAGCGUGGGCCGCUACAUGAGUCGCCUCCUCCAAGGCGUGCGCUCCAUCACCUCCUCCGCGGCGUCCUCCUCGACCAACGACAAUUUGUGCUGCGCCUGUCAUGAGCUGCCAACGGUGUGCCAGCGGUCCAAUUGCGGGCAUCGCUACUGCUACUACUGCAUUAAGAGCCGCCUGCUGGACAGUGUAUCGUCGGGAUCAUUCCGGUGUCUGAAGUGUGGCCAGGCCGUGCACAGCUGCGCACCGGCGUAG